AUGGAUCUUCAGCGCGCAUUGACAGCAUUAAUGCGCGCCGCCACACCAUCCACUCAACAACAAAACCAACAACCAACAAUUCAAUUUCCAUUUAAUGAUGCAGCAACUUCAGCUGCAUUUCUAUCAGCCGCUUUGGCAACCAAAUUACCAUUGGGAAUAUUACCACCAUAUGAGAAUGCGACAAUUCCAACAUCUGCAUAUACACCAACUAAAAAAGCGAAAUUCAAUGAUUCGACAACUGAGCCAAGUAGUCCAGUUUCGAGCCAUUCGAGCACUGUUAGCAGCACUAAUGUGAGUUGAUUUUUGGGAUGAGAUCUAGACAUGUUUUUUGAGUUUUAAAAAAGUUUCCCAAAAAAUUCUAGAUUUGUUCUAAUCCUAGACCAAGUCUCUGAAUCUGAACAUUACGAUUGCUCAUGUUAAUCCAAAAAAUUGAGCUAUAUAAAAAAUCGGAAAUUUGGAGUGGCUUGAAAAAUACGAACCUAUAAAAUUCUUCUCAGUGUAGACCGUAAGCUCUCCAGUUUCCCAUCAAAUUCUUUCUCCACCAAAAAACCCCAUUUUCAUUGCAGUUCUCAAGUCCUCAACAAUCACCACAUCGUAAAUUGGCGUGUCCAAUUCCAGACGAGAAAAAGGUGAGUUCAUGAAUAAAUCAAAAAAAGUCAAUCACAAUGGGUGGUAUCUCUAUAGAGGCAGCCGUUAAUUACCAUUCAUAAUUUUCUUUCAUUCAAUUCAAAAAAAGGUCAUCAAGCAAGCGCCAGCCAACUGUUGCCUGCCUGUCUCAUUUAAUAUACAGUUGGAGCAGAGAGCAGACAGAGCACAUUCAAAAAAUAACUAUAGAGGAAAGAGGGAUGAAAAGGGGAGGGGGAUUGCGCAAUAUGACACACGCCUAUUGAUUGAUGUACCGAUGAAUAUUUACAUAAGAAUUUGAAUUUUUUGUGAAAAAUAGUGAAAGAUUUCAUAAACAUGUGAGCUCAUCUGAGCUGAGAUAAUUCUUCAAAAUUUCAAAUUGCUUCCAGGGAUUUAGGGUACAGUAGGAUUACGUGAACUUUGACGUGGCAACAUAUUUUUCAUUUUCAAAAUUUAGCUUUCACGGUAGAUUUCGAUGUUCUGAUCCUGAUCCCGAAACUGCUUGAAACCACUAUGAAAACGAGCUAUGACGUGGCAGAGUUAUGAGUUGCGAACAAGAUUCCAGAAAAAAAAAAUUGUAAAAUUCAUUCCUGAAAAAAAAUCAGAUAAAGUUUUUUUGGAAAAGGUUUCAGAACAACUCUGUGAAUUUUUCCACGUUAUAACUCAUGUGUUAUAAAUUGGAGCCCUCUGGCAGUGAUUUAAUGUAGCAGAAAAAAUUAAAAAAUUUUGAAAGUCGCGGGGAACCACACACAUACACCGCGACGAACAAUUACACACAAAAAAUUUUCAACUACAGUAGUUCAAUAUCAUUUAUGUGCACGCUUUUUUUCUGAGCCACUUUUCUAACUUAUCCUCUCCAAUCUCAAAAUAAGGUUUCAAAAAUCACACCUUUGCCACAACACGAUCUCCUUUUCUCCUCAUUUUUCCCUCCACCAAUCAAUUCACCCUCAACAGUUGUCUUCUCAUAUUAACAACAUUGGUGGCGAGAUCGAAUGACACCCCAAAACUUUUUUUUAUAAUAUAUAGAUAGAUAGAUACGCGCAUUGUAAAAAACCUCGCCAAUUUUUUGUAGUAAUCAAUGAAAAUUGAUAGUUUUUUCUAGGAUGGUGCAUAUUUCGAGAGACGUCGAAAAAACAACGAUGCGGCAAAAAGAUCGAGAGAUGCUCGACGACAAAAAGAAGAGGCAAUUGCUUCGAAAGCUGCGGUUUUGGAACAGGAAAAUAUUCAAUUAAGAGGACAGGUUUGUUUUUGCCUUGAGCUAAAAAAUGAAAUGAAAUCAGAAAUUUUCUAGAUUGCUGUCCUUCAACAAGAAACUGCCAAACUUCAACUUCUACUUUUCUCAACAACUUCUUCAACUGCAAACAACCGAGUGACUGAAAAUAUCAAAAAUGAAAGUACCAUCGAAAUCUAG